UGUACCAGCACCCCCUGCCCAUAGCAACAGGAGACCUCGGUAUAAAAACCAACAAGCUCAGGGAAGCCUCCAAAGUGUUUCUCAGCUGCAGCAUGACCUGGACCAAGAGCCUGAGACAGCAGACUUAACAAAACAAUGCCAAGCCUAAUUGUCCCACCACCCACACAGCACUUCAUUAUGGACAGAGAUGACAGGAAGCGAAACAAGAGCAUUGGAAAGAACUUUAUGUGCCGGCUCCAGUGCAUGUUCUCACACUCAUCAAGUUUUGAGAGCAGGCUAACUUUAGAAGAUACCCAACAAUGGUCACAGUCUUUGGAAAGACUUCUGGAAUCAAAAUAUGGAUUAGCUGCUUUUCGCAACUUUCUGAAAUCUGAAUACAGCGAUGAGAAUAUUGAGUUUUGGCUCACCUGUGAGGACUACAAGAAGAUUAAAUCUUCAUUCAGAAUGGCGUCAAAAGCCAAGAAAAUUUAUGAACAAUUUAUCAAAGCUGAAUCACCCAAAGAGAUCAACAUUGAUUAUCACACUCGAGAGCAGAUCAAAAGAAGCAUCAAGAGUCCCACCAUAUACUGUUUUGAUGACGCCCAGAAGAUUGUUUACGGGUUGAUGGAAAGAGACUCAUACCCACGGUUUCUACGCUCUGACAUUUACAGAACUCUCCUCGAAAAUCUCUCUGCUGAUGACACAAAAGGAUGAAAGCAAGAACACACCAAAGGACAUACAACUCAUGACUGGAAUGCUCGAAUCAAUUCAACUGGGAGGAUUGAUAAAGUCAAAAGGAAGACGGUCAAUAAUCACGCCUCAGACAAAAAAGGAGCAUUGAAGUCUUCACUGGGCCCUCAAUUCUGCUCUGGUCCCGUCAUGGAAGGAUUCCCACACUGAGCACGAUGCACCCAUCGAAUGUGAAAUAAGACAACUAAAUAACCACACCGCCAGUCAUAAUGAAAAUGUAGAAUGUGAUUUGCUGGCAUCCGAAUGAGUCGUUGAUGUCUUUGGCUAAAACGCAGUGACUGACACCUGCUCUGAUCAAUGAGUUAAGAACAACCCACACAAACCGGACCUCAACUGCCCUUGUUUGCAGAGAUGGUUACAUCAGGGCUAAGGAUUAAGAAUGCAACAUAGGAGUCAGACUCACUAAAUUGUGUACUGUAUGUAUUGGAGAGAUUUUACUUUGUGAAGUUUGAAAUCCUUCUAUCUACAUCUAAGGUAUUCCAAAGCAUGGAGGUUGUGAAGGAUGCUUUUGUUUGUAAUACACACCCAGCAUAAUUCUUUGAAGACACAAAUCCCCGUUUAUAGACGAUCACAGUGUUGUUUUGUCAUUGUUUCAAUUCACCAUACCUUGGAUAUUCAAUUCAUAUUGACAAUAUUGAUGCUGCUGUUCGUUUGCUCCAUGAGACAUGUUCAUUGAAAUACAAGACUGUUAAAUGACAGACCUAUGGGUCAUAUCACGAGUACUCAUAUGUCCUAAUUUUUCGGUUAGGUUUUGAAAUGUCAAUCAAUGUCUUUGCAGUAGGUCGUUUUGCACUGAAUGAAAGCAUAGCUAUGCAAUUGUUACAUUUGACUAUUUAUGUGACACUUUAACUUAGAUUUGAGUGGAAUCAGUAUUAGAUUUUGGACAACAGCAAGUGAGGUAACUUUCCUUUGAAAAAAAAAGUGAAUUUCAUAUAUGCUGACUACAAUAGAAGUCAGAUUUGCACCACAGAAAGGUCACUUCUCGUGAUUAUUGCACAGUGUACCCUUGCCUAUUCACAGCCCCACGUAUUUACAGAUUUUGCUACCCAUUUACAGAUUUGGCUACCCAUGUGUUCUUUUUUUAAUUUUCAGUCGUAGACAGCGCCUGAUAAUGUGGUGCACCUUAUUGUAUAUAUCCACUUCUUCUUCUUCUUCUUCUUCUUUUCCUUUCGGCUUGUCCCGUUAGGGGUCGCCACAGCGUGUCAUCUUUUGCCAUCUUAGCCUAUCUCCUGCAUCUUCCUCUCUAACCCCAACUGCCCUCAUGUCUUCCCUCACCACAUCCAUAAACCUUCUCUUUGGUCUUCCUCUCGCUCUUUUGCCUGGGAGCUCCAUCCUCAGCAUCCUUCUACCAAUAUACUCACUCUCUCGCCU